UCUUUUGCCUAUUUAAUAAUUAACAGGACCCAUGUCCAUGAAGGAAGUGGACACACAAAUGCUCAACGUGCAGAGCAAGAACAGCAGCUACUUUGUCGAAUGGAUACCGAACAAUGUGAAGGUUGCCGUCUGUGACAUUCCGCCACGCGGCCUUAAGAUGUCCGCCACAUUCAUUGGCAACUCGACGGCCAUACAGGAGAUUUUCAAGCGCAUCUCCGAACAGUUUACGGCCU